AUCUACAGGGAGAUAAAAAAAAACCCUCUCACACACUGCCUCCCCCACACACACACACACACACACGCACACCAAGCGGAGAGCUAGCCUCACACUGCACAGACAAAGGGACUGUACCUAGACACGAUGGAGGAAAACAUGGAUGAUUCUCAGAGCCAGAAAGGCUGUAAGGAAUGCUGUGAGCGAUGCGUGGGCAGUCUGCCCUGGGCCUCUCUCAUUGCCACCGUUCUCCUCUACAUGGGCGUGGCCUUGUUCUGUGGGUGUGGCCACGAGGCUUUGAGCGGGACCGUCACCAUCCUACAAAACUACUUUGAAGUCAUCAGAGCACCUGGAGACACACUGGACGUGUUCACCAUUAUUGACAUCCUGAAGUACAUCAUCUACGGCCUGGCGGCUGGAUUCUUUGUGUUUGGCGUGCUGUUGCUGGUUGAGGGGUUCUUCACCACCGGAGCCAUCAGGGACCUCUACGGGGAGUUCAAGAUCUCUGCCUGCGGACGCUGCCUCACCGCAUUCUUGAUGUUCCUGGCCUACCUGUUCUUCCUCGUGUGGCUUGGAGUGACAGCAUUUACCAGCCUGCCGGUCUUCAUGUACUUCAACGUUUGGUCCAUGUGUCAGAACACCAGCUUGGUGGAGGGGGCCAACCUGUGCCUGGAUCUGCGUCAGUUUGGAGCCGUGGCCCUCUCUGAGGAGAGGAAGGUGUGUACUGGUUCCGAGAAGUUUGUCAAGAUGUGUGAAUCCAAUGAGCUGGACUUGACCUUCCAUCUAUUCGUGUGCACACUGGCAGGAGCAGGAGCUGCUGUCAUCGCCAUGGUCCAUUUCCUGAUGGCUCUAGCUGCUAACUGGGGCUAUCUAAAGGACGCUAGCCGAAUGCAGAAGUAUGAGGACAUCAAAUCGAAGGAGGAGCAGGAGCUGCAUGACAUCCACUCUACACGCUCCAAAGAACGUCUCAAUGCCUACACAUAAACAGACAGCGGGAGGAACAACACACAAACAAACCUGUCUCACACACACACACAAGCUGAUACAUGCGCGCACAAACACACAGACACGCACACGGGCUGACGGAAGGAUAGUGGAGACAUACAGUACAAAACGACCACACAAACAUGCGUUUAGAGACACUGAUUGGGGCAUCAUUAGGCAGAAAUAAUUUGUUGAUAUAAAAAGGAUGAAAACACACAAAAAGCAUGCAGUAGAUCUUUGGCUUAGGUGAUCUGUGCUAACACUUUAGCAUCCGCGCUGUUGGUUUGCGUCACACUUAAGUGACAUUUAUCGCCAAAUCAAGCAGAGACCAAAGCGUCCUCAGAAGAAGGGGUGCUGGCAGAUAGUGUCAACGAUUACAAGCACACAACAUUUUGUGAUUGUCCUCUUCAACUCGCUCCAAAAAGAAAACGCUCCUAAAUCAACUUUGUGAUAUUUCGCUCUGAAGUCCUAAAGUUUACGGGGACUUGCCUCUCCCAUUUUAGGUUCUACCCACGAUUCCCCGAAGUAGCUCUGCGGUGUGUUAAGUGCAGAACAAUCAACUGAGACUUGCAAAAGGUGCUAAAGAAAUUGGUAAACUAAAGUACAGUCUGUGUAUAAAAUAGCACAAUAAAUAUACAAUAUAUUACACACAGAAAAAACAAUGCCCAGAAAAACCCAAAGACUUUUUUAAACUUUAAUUCAGUUGUUUUCGGUCUUAAACGUGUAGUUAGUUUGGGCCAACUAUGCUAUUUCCAGAGAAAAAAAUAAUCAAAUAUUUAGGUAAAAAGUCGGUUUCACUUUGACUGACUGAGCAUUGGUCGCCAUGGUGACCGAUGGGUCGUGGAGCUGUUAGCAUGGCACACUAAAGUCAACAAUCUACAGCAGACACAAGGUUGAGCUAUGUGUCGACGAGCAGCCCCCCCAGAUGUGGUGGCUGUACAACAGGGCCACGCCCCCAAUAGCGCCAACAUCUGCUGACACACAGGAAAUACACACUCACCCACACACACACACACGCAUAGAUGUGGCUGAAUGGUCGGUGUUUUGCAGGCAGUGUUGUAUGUUGUUGUCAUGCUCUGUCGUGUCGUUUCGCCACAUUAUGAUGGAAAUGCAGAGAAAUAUGAUCCCCAAGGAACUGUGUACCUCCCAGGUACCCAUGGGUAGCUUUGAUACGUUUUCCUCUCCUGCCCUUCUCUUUUUUACUUAUUUUCCUUUGCAACCCCAUCCAUCGUCUUUCUCUAUGUGACCUGUUCAUCUUGAGCCCAGUUUCAUUAGUUGUGAAGUUUGGGAUUAAAACCCCCCAUAAAGCCACUAGGCGGCUAAUGAACAGCUAAUGAAACCAGUUCCAGUUUGCAAAGAGCUGUCCUCACAAACAGCACACCUUAGCAGUAUUAAGUCUUUUGAAAAGAGGCACAUUCUCAUCCGUUUGAUAAAUAAUGUUUUUUUUCUCACUUUUCAAAAUCUUGCCACAUUUUGUACCAGUAAUAUUUAUGUACAUUGUUUGCCUUGCUUUUUUCAAAUGGGACAGGUGUAAGGUGAUCACUUUCAAAUGUUGAUGUAACCAUUCUGUGUUUCAGUGGUUCUGCACACACAUACAAAUACGCACAAACACACGUACACAUUCCUGCGAGCUUCAAUUCUUUUCUUUAUUUUCUUUCUCUCACAAGCCCUAACAUACAACACAUUUACACUUAAUGGUAAAAGAGUGGUCUGAGGAAAGAGUACAUUUAUGAGACAGAAAGGAUAUUCUUUGAGAUUUAAAGUAGCAUAUUUAGGAAAAAAUAAAGGUGAUACAUGCAUCUUAAGUGGAUGCUACUAAAGGUUACAAGAACAAACAAACAAGUUUCAUCUUUGCCUAAACAAAGGUGUGUGAUGGACAGACGGACUGAUGGAUGCAUGAAAGGACGGAUGGAUGGAUGGAUGGAUGGAUGGAUGGAUGCAUGAAAGGAUGGAUGAAUCGAUAAAUAGAUGGACAGAUGGGCGUACAAAUGGAUGGAAAGAUGGAUGGCAUCUUUGUUGGCAUGCAUCCGUUCAUUUGCAAAGUAAAGCAAUUUUGUUGCUUUAAUAGAUAACCAUCACUAUCUUCAUCAUAAUUUUGCACUAAACAAUUUUUCUCAUUGAAACAUUUAUUUUUUUCUGUAAAUGUACCACUUUAUUUUCAGAGAAAAUCUCCUUUUAUCAUACAGUACUCUUCAAGCUUGAUUAUUACAAUAUAUUAAAAUAUUUGAAUGGCCAAGUAGCUCCCUCCUACUAAUGUGACCAAUUGAGCUCUGAGUGUAGUACUGACUAGAAGGUGAUGGAAUGAGGAAAUAAGAGAUGAAGCUCCAGUGGCUCCAGUAUAAAUGAUGCUACAUGCUUUAAUUCUUUUAUACCAACUUUUCAAAAAUCACCAACUGAAAUAUCACCAUGAUUCUGAAAGAAAGGAAAGUUUUCUGAUUCCAGUUCAAAUAUAAACUUUCCUACUUCUUUUAGAGGCCAAUCAACUUCGGUGAGUAGCAACAACUUUAAACUCAAAUUAGGUUUCUUCUUUCUUCCCAGCUCAUAUGGCACUUCUGAUUUAAAUACAUUUGAAGAAAGAAACAAAGGAAGAAUAGCAGUGUUUGUAUCUUUCCUUUUCGGGUUAGUUGAGCCAGCCGUUAGAAACGGGGCUGUAUGGAAUGUUCUGGAAUGGAGGAUUCUCUAUCUGCCAGUAGAGAUGCUGAGAGGGGAUUCAGCUCGUCUUCAGAAUGAUGAUGAUGAGGGUUUAAGUGUCGAUGAUGAAGGGUUUGAUUUGAUGAAACUACCAGCAAACACACACACACACACUUUCACACGCACACACACACACACUUCACCACCGCCAUCACUCUGAGCCGAAAUUCAUUGCUCUUUUACUUUUCACCUAUGACAUUUCACUAUUUUAUUAUCAACUUUUAAUCUUUGAGAAGUUUUAAAUGUGAAAUCAUUUAAUUUAAAAAAAAGUAAAUGUGUUUUUUCUUUUGUUUUUGCGAUCAGUAUUAAGAACUGUACCUACAUUAACUCUGUAAAAAGAUUUACAUAAAUGUGAAACAGACGACGUGAGCAGCCGGGGAGAAUGUUUCCUUUGGUUACAGAGUCUGGAGGAGGUGUUGAGCCUCGACUCCCUCAGAGAGCUGCUUUUACACACAUCAAGUAUCUACAACACAACGGUUGUCCAAAAAUAGAAAGGGGAAUCUAUUACAUAAAACAUCAAGUAUGAGGUGCGCUUCACUGCAUGAUGAUUUUUCUCCUGGUGGUGGAUGAGUUGGCUACUGUAGAAGUGGCAUGACAUUUCAAAAUCUAAAGCUAAAUACGUCCAGUGUUAUUUGCAAUAAAAGGGUUAAACCCAUGCAAAAAACAGCCCGUGGAGUCCUUCAAGACGCUAAUUGGUCACAAGAUGGCGCCUCAGACUCCGAUAGUAAUGUGGGCUUUGUUUUGUUCAUUUGAACCCGAGGUGGAGGUGUCACACACCGAUGCCAACGGACGCACAAAGCAGGCAACAAAACACGCAAUAACGCGCCCAGUGGCCGAGUGUCCAUGCAGGCACUGGUUUGUCUUCUCCCAGAACCCCGUGGGAUGUCAUUUAUUCCUGCAUCAUGGUGGUGAAAGCGCAGCUCACACCAGUUCUUUGUGUGUUGUAAAUGCAGCUGGAUUGGACUGAAAACUAAAAAAUGCCCACUGGAGUGAAGGAAGGGAGACUCCACCAGACUGGCCUCUUGUUCAGGUGUCAUGGCUGCAUACAGUCAGUUUUUUAAGGGUCUAGUUUUCCAGUAACAGUAUUCUAUCAUUUCAUUGCCUGACAAUGAAUGUUUGUCAGUGUUUUUAACUUCAGAUAAAUGAAAAAAGUUUUUUGUGCACUUAUUGAACAUUUUGAGCUCUUUCUCUCUCCUCCCCGCCCCCCCUCUCUCUCUGCCCCCCCCCCCCCCCUGUCUCCCCUCCCCGUCUUCUCUCUCUUUUCUCUCUCUCUUAUUCUUGGUGUGUAAGUGCAUUGAGCUCCCCACUGUGGGAACUGUGUAUAGUCUUGCAGCAUUGGUAAUUAUCUGAAGAAAUAACAAUGAUAAAACAAAACAAAUUCAUAACAAUGAAUAUACAGUAAUGUUAUUCGAGGUAUAUAUAUAUAAAAAAGACAAUGAAUCUAGUUGUUGUUUGUGGCAUGGUUAUGCAUUCAAUGGUCAUAAUUUCCAUGAUUAAAAAAAUAUAAAAAAACAUUAA